AUUCUUAUGAUUAAAUGGAAUAGUUUGGCUAUUUCUUUUGAAAUAGCAAUAUAAAAGAAACUUACUUCAUACUAGUUUUUUGCAGCACAAUACAUAGUCCAGAUUUAGGAGAUCGAGCAUGGGUUCUAAAUAUGUUUUCCUUGUUAGCCAAAUUAUCUGUUUAUGGCUUCUUGCUCCCCUUACUCAAGCUGAUCAACAUCAAAGAGAGACGUAUAUCAUAUACAUGGGAGAUCGGAUUAAUCUAGACAUUCCUGCAAAAAGCCUUCAUAUUGAGAUGUUAAGCGGCGUUCUUCAUAGUGUGCCUUCUCACAAGGUUUCGGAGCACCUACUCUACACUUACGACAAUUUCCAUGGAUGCGUUGCAUUACUAACUGAAAACGAAGCAAAGAUUAUCGCUGGCAUGGAUGGAGUCGUUUCUAUAUUUCCAAACGAAAAGAUCUACCAUCAUACAACAAGGUCUUGGGAUUUCAUGGGUUUCCCUCAGACUGUUGAGAGAAGCAACAUCGAAAGUGAUGUCAUUGUUGGAGUUAUUGAUACUGGAAUUUGGCCUGAAUCUCAAAGCUUUCGAGAUGAUGGUUUCGGUCCACCACCAACAAAAUGGAAGGGCCGAUGUCAAACUUCACUAAACUUUACUUGUAACAACAAAAUAAUUGGUGCACAAUAUUUCCGAGCUGAUGGAAACUUGAGUAAGGACGAAGUAGCAUCACCAAGAGACACAAACGGGCAUGGAACACACACUGCCUCUACAAUAGCCGGAGGAAUUGUAGAAACCGCAAGCUUCCUUGGCUUGGGUGAAGGAAUUGCUCGAGGGGGUGUCCCGUCGGCUAGAAUCGCCGUGUACAAGCCGUGUUGGUCUGAUGAGGGUUGCUUACAAGCCGAUGUACUGGCGGCAUUUGAUGCGGCUAUAUCAGAUGGAGUAGACAUAAUAUCUGUCUCACUUGGGAGUCGAUCACAUGCGGUACCGUACUUCCGUGAUCCUAUAGCCAUUGGAGCUUUUCAUGCAAUGAAAAAGGGAAUCUUGACUUCUGCUUCUGCUGGAAAUAAGGGUCCGGGUCUUCAAACUUUAAGCAAUUUUGCACCUUGGUUACUCUCCGUGGGUGCUGCUACUAUGGAUCGUAAGUUUUCCACUAAGGUCCAACUUGAUAACGGCAUGGUGUUUGAGGGGAUAUCACUAAAUACAUUUGAUCUCGAAAAUAAGACUUUCCCUCUAAUCUAUGGAGGAGAUUCCCCAGACAACAUAUUCUCAAACUCAUCAGAGUCCAGGUUUUGUAAAAAAGACUCGUUAAACAAAACAUUGGUGGAAGGCAAGAUAGUAGUAUGCGACAUUUUAUUAAGACACACAGAAGAUGAAGUAUUCGUUGAUGGUGCAGCUGGGACAAUAAUGCACUUUGUGGAACCCCAUUAUUACGAUAUUGCCCUUUCUUUUCCUCUCCCUGCAUCUUAUAUUCGUGCUGACGAUGCUGCUCGUGUUAUCUCCUACACUCGAAACUUAACCAGUACCCCAUUUGGAACAAUACAUAAAAGUGUAGAAGUGAAGGACACAUCAGCCCCUUAUGUAGCUUCAUUUUCGUCAAGAGGUCCUCAUCCAUUCUCACCACAUAUUCUUAAGCCAGAUGUAAUUGCCCCUGGAGUGGACAUUCUAGCAGCCUGGUCACCUGUUGGAUCAGUUUCGCAAGUUGAAGGUGAUCCAAGGUCUGUGCCUUAUACCAUAUUGUCUGGUACUUCCAUGGCAUGCCCACACGCCACAGCUGUAGCUGCUUAUGUAAAGUCAUUCCAUCCUACUUGGUCUGCAGCUGCCAUUAGAUCUGCUCUCAUGACUACUGCUUUACCAAUGAGUAGGGCAACAAACGAAGAAGCUGAAUUAGCGUAUGGUUCAGGCCAUAUUAAUCCAUUAAAAGCUGUACAACCCGGCUUAGUAUACGAUGCUGCAGAGGGUGACUAUGUGAAGUUCUUAUGCAGUCAAGACCUGGACGACAUUGAUAUCAGACUAAUAACAGGAGAUAAUUCUACCAGUUGUCAUCAGGGAAUUCGAAAUACUACUAAUAAUUGGGAUCUUAAUUACCCUUCAAUUGCCCUGACUACAAGUUUAGGCCCCUUUGAUACUAUUUUUACCAGGACUGUAACUAAUGUUGGAUCGUCUAAUUCUACUUACAACGUCGUAGUUACUACGCCUCAAGAUCAGGCAUUGUCCAUCAAAGUACAACCAUCUGUUCUGUCUUUCAAAACUCUUGGGCAAAAAUUAUCCUUUACUGUGAGGGUUUCAGGGAGUAUUGGUAUAAGAGCUUUGAUGUCAGCUUCUUUGGUGUGGGAUGAUGGUCAUCAUCAAGUUCGUAGUCCUAUUGUCGUGUUUAAUUUGUCUUAGAACUUUUUUUUUGUGCCGUGUGCAUGAUAGGUGUCAGAUUCGAUUCAUCCCGCCCCCAUCUGUAAUUUACAUUGCUAUUUGUGGCUCAUUUUUGGUUUUGUGUCUGUCAACGUGGUAUUGUUCAUAAAAUAGUUGGUUUUGUGUCCGUAACUACUAAGUAGUGUUAAACUAGGUUAAUACCCGUGCGAUGCACGAUUUAUAAAGAUCACAUAUUAAUCUUAUACUAAUCUAAAUAUUAAGAGGGGUGAU